AUGAUGCGCCGCGUUGGUUUCCGCGUGUGGACAAGCGCCAUUACCGUGCGUAAUUCAUAUCGCCAUGUAAGUUCAGAGAUCGAUGCAAAGAGUGUUGAGCAAAUGUUAAUGAAACGAGGUUUAUUUGAUGAAACUUCUGUUAAGAAAGCUGUGGAUCGUUUUAUGCAUGACCUCUCAGACCUCUCAUAUGGUCGUUUUUAUGAAGAUAGCGAAGUGGCGGCUCACAUUCAUGGUUAUCUUUGUGCGAAGGCAAAUGCAGCGCUUGGUGACCCUUUUCAGUACGUUCAUGAGUCCGAAGAUUCUGCUUUUUAUAUUUGCAGAAAGGAUCGUGAGAGUCAGCUUAAGGCGGUUAGACGCCUGGCACGAUUUGUAUCCCGUGAACAAACUGAGAAGAAGUCUAUUUCGAUGCGUGGUUAUACAACUGAUGAUGGUAAUAUUUGUGUCUACACAGCCAAAUUUAACCCUUUUGUAAAUCCAAACCCUGGUCAAGGUGAGACGAAUAUAUCACAGCUUGCAAGCCAUGCUUUCCUUGAGGAACGCUCACCGGAAGUUCAAGAACGUUAUCAAGGUCUUCUUUCUCGUUUCCGUGAUUCUGUCGUUCCUGUAUUUACAGUGGUUGAUGGUGUUGAUGGUGAAAUUUGCUUUUCUAUGGCCAUUUCUGCUGAUCGUACUUAUUAUAUGGCUUCUCUUCAAGCUAUGAUUCACGAAAUUCCUGGAGCGGUGGUUCUGCGCAGUUUUUCUGAGACUUUCUCAAAUGAUGUUCAUAUAUAUACAUUUUUUACUCGUGGUGCCACCAGGGAACAAUUGGCUCAACGUGCUUCUAUGGUAGGUCUUCUUCCUAAUCGUCCUAGUAAUACUAUUACGAGGUUACAUGAAGAUAUGGUUUUCAAUGUGGAACAUACAGUUUUCACAGAUGCAGCUAUUAUUUUCGCUUUUUACUUUACGCCAAACCCAACCACAGAUGAUUACAGACAUCUUCGUGCUCUUCUUUCUAAGGAACCAAAUGGUGUAAAUCGUCUUAAUAGCCUUCGUACACAAUUGAGUCUAGAGAUGAUGUCUGAACGUUAUAUUGGUGAACUUAUUGGUCAAUAUCCACAAUUUAUGAUUGACAUAUAUGAAGAUUUUCGAAAUGGAUCCACAGUUGAAUCUCGAAAGGUUAUUCGAGAAAGAAUUACCACUCAAUUUAAGGAGGAUCAACGAACUUCACAUGAUUUGGAAAUUUUUAACUCAUUCCUUCGUUUUAAUGAGGCCAUUGUGAAACAUAACUUCUUUAAGGAAGAUAAGAUUGCAUUAUGUUUCCGUCUUGAUCCUUCAUUUAUUAAGUCACUUGAAUAUCCUCGAGAGCCACAUGGUAUUUUCCUCCUUGCUGGUGGACAAUGGCGUGGAUUUCAUGUUCGUUUCACCAAUAUUGCCCGUGGAGGCGUACGUAUGAUUAUAUCCAAGAAAAGUGCAUAUCGUCGUAACAAACGAACAGUAUUUCAGGAGAAUUAUAAUCUUGCCCUUACACAGUUAUUAAAAAAUAAGGAUAUUCCUGAAGGUGGUAGCAAGGGUACUAUUCUUGUUUCUGGACGAUAUCUUAAUAAAUUUGAUCAUGAUCUUUGUCAACGAAUGUUCCUUCAAUAUGUAGAUGGACUUCUUGAUGUUAUUCUUCCAGGAGAAUCCGGUAUUGUGGAUAAUUUAAAACAGCCAGAAAUUCUUUUCCUUGGCCCGGAUGAGAAUACAGCGGGAACCUUCCCUAGUGAAGGUGCUUUACACAGCAAGAGACGUGGAUACUCCGCCUGGAAAUCCUUCACAACCGGUAAGGAUACCUCUAUGGGUGGAAUUCCGCAUGAUGUCUAUGGAAUGACUACUCGCUCUGUUCGUACAAUGGUACGUGGUAUUUAUUCUAAACUUGGACUUGAUGAGUCAAAAAUGACGAAAUUUCAAACUGGUGGACCUGAUGGUGAUCUUGGUUCAAAUGAAAUUCUUCAAAGUAAAGAAAAAAUGUUGGCCAUGUCUGACAUUUCCGCAUCUUUACAUGAUCCCAAUGGAAUUGACCGUGAAGAAUUAACUCGUCUUGCUCAUAAUCGUUUACAAUUACGUCAUUUUGACAAAUCCAAACUUUCUCCUGAAGGUUUUCUGGUAUUAACAGAAGAUAAGAAUGUAAAAUUACCCGAUGGCAAUGUUAUCCCUGAUGGGGCGGCAUUCCGUGAUGAGUUCUACCUUACAAAGUACAGUGCGGCGGAUGUGUUUGUACCUUGUGGAGGUCGUCCACGCAGUGUGACGUUGGCAAAUGUUGGACGAUUUAUUAAUACCCCAGAUGCGGAUGGUGAAUCUAUGUUGGCUGGUAAAUUUGAGGCUUUAAAAGAUCUUAAAUACAAAAUCAUUGUGGAAGGUGCUAAUUUAUUUAUUUCUCAAGAUGCUCGUCUGGCGCUUGAACGCUGUGGUGUGGUACUCAUUAAGGAUGCCUCAGCGAAUAAGGGUGGAGUAACCUCUUCAUCGCUGGAAGUCUACGCCGGACUGGCACUCUCAGAUGAGGAACACGCAAAGUAUAUGUGUGCUCAGAGUGCCGAUGAAGCCCCAGAGUUUUAUAAGAAUUAUGUUAGAGAUAUUAUUUCUCGUAUUGAGAGCAAUGCACAGAGGGAGUUUGAUGCCAUUUGGCGUGAAUAUGAAACCCAUAAAGGAAUGGCAAAGACUCGUAUUGCGGAUGCACUCAGUGAAAAGAAUGUUAAGGUUCGUGCCAGUAUUCUUUCAAGUGAUGUGUUUAAGAAUGAAGAUCUUGUGCGAUAUAUUCUUGUUCAAUAUACACCCAAGACACUAUUAGAUGUAGUUCCUUUGGAUGUAUUGAUGCAGCGUGUACCUGUGGAUUAUCAACAUGCUAUUUGUGCAAUGUGGCUCGCAUCUGAGUAUGUAUACACAACCGGUAUGGACAGUCAUGAGUUUGACUUCUUUACAUUCAUGACCACACACAUGGAGCGUGCAAGUGCCAUGAAAAAGGAACUUGGACACUAA